CAUUGUCUCUUUGUCCUUGAGGUGGAGAGCCAAGUGUCCUUGGAGGCGAAAAGGGCGGAAAGCCGCCUCCUUCGACAAUUCUCUCCUUGUGAGAGACAUAAAAUGGUCCCCUCUUCCAUUCCGAAUUGAUUAAUCCCCAUUAAAAUAGUUGAUUAUUUUUGACCGGGGGGGGGGGGGGGUUGAAAAUCAUGGGAAUCCAAGGCGACGGAAAUGUAAACCUUAGCAUUUCGAUGCAAGUUGGAAUCUAUUUGUUGUCACUCACUUUGAGGAAAGAAAGCCUUUGUUGGUGUUUCAUCCCAAUCCGAAAUUGAGGGAGACUUCCCAAAGCCUUCUGCUGAAGGAAACGGAGCCAUUGGGCGGUGAAGGCGGGGAGUGAGGUCUGCUCGCGCCUUGCCUUGCAACGCAGGUUUUGUAUUUGAUUUGCCUUUCAAGUCGACACAGUCAACAACUCCCCGGUCUCCAAUAUGUAGAGGAGUCCCUCCGUUCUAAAUUCGCAGUUUGAAUCUGUGUUAUAUGGUCAGUGUAGACCCAUAUGACAAUGAAGUCAGAAUUGUGUUACAUGGUGGGUCUAAGCUCGAUGACCACAUAAUGCAGUUUGAACUGGAUUAUGUGGGUCUACACCUGACCUUACAAUGCAGUUUGAAUCUGCGUUAUGUGGUCAGUGUAGACCCAUAUGAUAAUACAGUCUGAAUCGUAUUAUAUGGGUCUACGCUUGACCAUAUAAUACAGUUUGAGUUGCAUUAUGUGGGUCUACACUUGACCCUACGAUGCAGUUUGAAUCUGUAUUAUAUAGUCAGUGUAGACCCAUAUGAUAAUACAGUCUGAACUCUAUUAUAGGGGUCUAUGCUUGAACAUAUGAUGCAGUUUGAACUGCAUUCACUGUGGAGGUCUACACUUCAGCAUGCAAUGCCAUUCCAAACUGCGUUAUAUAUAUGGCCAUGUAGGUCCAGCCGCACAAAGCUGACAUUGGAGGUUUGUGUCAUUCCACAGCCGCCAUUGGAACUGCAGGUUUUCUCCCCUCCCUUCUGCACCAAAAAUCUAGGGAGGGCUUUGCACCCCGCCAAUACCAAGGGAUUGUGUACCUCUCAGCUGUGUUCUUUAAAUGUUUGCCAACUGUGUAACUAAUUGCCUUCAAGAGCUGUGGAAAAUGAUUUUGUAAGAUCGCAUCAGGUUCUGAUAGCCGAGAAGAUUCAACGGGACCUAGGAGAGAACAAAUUAAUUGCUUAAGAUGUGUUGAAGAAUGGAUAUGCUGAAAAUGACUGUGUGAAAUAUCAGAUAGUGGCUGAAGCAUUGAGUCCAGACAAAGGAAGAAUCCCAAAGGGAGACCACGAGUUCCAAACCAAGAUGGCAGUUCAGCUGAUUCUGUGGUUAAGGAAGUGAAGUAAUGCAUGAUUGCUGGAUAUGUCCAUCCAAAACAGGGAUCCUUUAGCAUGGACUGCAUUGUUAUCUAAACCAGAGAAGAUUUGGGCCAAAGACGGAUCUGAUCACCGAUUUUUUAAAUUAUCUUAUUCCAGACUCCUGUAUUAGAACUCAUUUGGGGUAAAUGGAGGGAUGGCAAGGGGUUACUGUAUUUUCAUACCAGGAAUGUAUGGAUAUAUUUGUCUGAUUUGUUGGGCAGAAGUGCAAUGCUGUUUUUAAAAUGGCUUAAAUAAAAGUGUUUGUUUUACAUUUGUAAUCUUGUUUGUCUUCCUUCAGGUCAAAGGUUUCUUGAUUUAAAAUAUUUCACUGUUUAUGAUAUUGACAAGAAAUGUGUGAUUUAGGAAAUUUUUAAUUUCACACAAUGAUAUUUUGAAUUAUAUUGAAUGAGUUCACUUUGACUUUACAUUUCUAAUAGGAUUUAUUCUUGAUUGGGGUUUUAUUUUUGUGUUCUCUUAUUUAUUUGCAAAAAUGUGUAUGCUCUUAUAUAUGGUGAACUGUAUGUCAGGUAUGUCUAAACUAAAUGAUGGGGCAUGUCACAAAACAUAGGUGAACUGAUGUAGCUCUUUGAAAUGAUAUUAAUCUGGUGAUAUGCUCUGGAAUCAAACACAUGCACUGUGGCCUGAAGUGUUCUGAUUUCAAGGGUUGGUUCGAUGGAUGUUAAUGUAUUUAAAGCCCUUUGGCUAAACACUGGUUUGACUUCCUGUGUGUGGGGCCUGGUAAUCCUGGCCAUACUUUUAAAAGUAUGAACAAAUGUCCAUUGCAUUUAUGGCCCUAUUGUCAUGUCUCCUUACCCUGGACAAAAAAGUUGGGCUGAGUCUAUGUUUGAUUUGUAGUUAAGUUUAAUUUCUUUGCAUUGCUAAAUAUCCUUUGUCACUAAUUACUUGAGGAGCUAAGUGAUUAGAUUUUGGGUUACAAGGGUCAUUCCUGUGCAACAUAUUAGGGAACAGAACAUUCAUGAGUGGGAACUGGGUCUAAAAUGCCAUUUUAACAUUGUAUACUGACUAUUAUUUGGGAACUAUGUUAUGUUUCUGAAACAAAUGUUGCCCAUUUACCCUGAAUGUGUAUUUUGGUCCUAGUUUCAUGGAUAGUUUAGGUCUAGACAGAACAUUGAAGGUACAAGCCAGCGGACUUCCUCGGCUGGUCAGUGUUGCUUGAGAUACUAACAUCAUGGUUCUACUCAUGUAGACCAUGUAUGUUGUUGAGUUUGGAGAUUUGAAGUUUAUCUCAAGAGCAGCUUGUUACCAUUGUAGAGUUUUCAGACCUAAGCCCUCAGACUGAUCACUUGAACAUGUUUCCAUGGAUGGUGGGAUGAAAGGAUGCUUUUGGGAAGCUUCCAACCGAUGUCUGGUUCUUGUGGUAGAACUUUCAACUUGUUGGAUCUUUUGUGGUGUGACUUUAGGUCAAGGUUCUUGCCUAAGUCAAGUGGACCAUGCUUUAUGCACAGUAUUUCUCUCACUGAGCAAGUCCUCACUGGACAAAGGAAUCUCCCUGAUGCUUUCAUUCUUGGGAUAUCCAAGGGUUUCUCCUUGACCAUUGGCACACUUUUGGCGUUGGAUUGCGGUUAAACCAUUGACCCUCAGAAGAAGUGGAUACCAACACAAUAAAUGGGUCUAGGAGUAACUGGAGUCUCUAAAAACGGUGAAUCGGACUGCCGUGGUUACAAUUCAGCUCUCGUAAACAGAGCCACAAGGGAGGCGCUCUUGAGUCCAAAGGGCCAUUGAGCUGCUUCCUCCAACGAGCAUUGGAAUUGUGUUCCAAGCCAACGGCUCUUGGCCUUUGUGAAUGGCUGAAUCCCUCCACUUCUUCUCAGAUGCCAAUCCCGGGGUGUUCGCCAAUCUGUGCCUACUACCCCUAGUUGCCCAAAUGGACCCAAAGCCGGGCUCGCUUCCCUCAAAAUGGCUCCCUUUGCCUCCACUUCCUGUCCAGGGAGGAAGUGGGGAGGAAUGGGAAGCCAACCCUCUCUGACAAAUGCCAGCCAAUCUGCUCUCUCUUGGCUGGGAAAGGGUGCCUGAGCCAGAGGGGGUUGAGUGUCCCCCCUCCACCCAUGGCAGAUGCCAGGGAUGGGGGCAAGGCUCCCCUUCUUUGGGGUAGCAGCUCUCCCUUUUUCCCUCUCUUUUUUGGGUGGAAAUGGAGGGGUGGGUCUAUGGCACAUCACCUGAGUUGUGGGGUAAAUGUAGAGAGUGUCAAUCAAAGGCUGAGCUCAGAGCUGGGAAGGAAGCUCUCGAUGGCGGCGGUGCCUUGGAGAGAGCGCUCCGCCGCCUCGCUGCCUGCCUUCGGACCCCCUCCGCCCCUUUGGGCGCAACUUUGCCCAACUUUGGGGCCCUUUCCCGGGACCCUGGAGGGCCCUGCUUCCUCUUGAGGGGCUCUCCUUUCUUUUCCCGGGGCAGGGGAGCCCGAUUCGGGGACGCCUUUGCCUUGGUCGCCUCGGAAAAAGGAGCCGCCGGGUCGUUGUUUUUUUUCCCCAGCUUGGAAGCCAUGGCGCACCUCCAUUUUUGUGCGCUCUCUUAAGGAGCCCUUUUCCCUCCCCCUCUCGCCAGUCUUCCCCCCACCUUAUUGUUUUGGGUCUUAAUCACCCCCUUUGGCGAAAAGAAAGACGCGGAUAUAUUUGAGAUCGAUCUUUUGUAUAUAUUUUUAAAAGAAAUUCGCCUUUUCCCUCCCCUCCCCCCUUCCCCUUUCCUUUUCUCAGCUCCCUUUGAAACCGCUCAUGUUUUCCCACGAUACUAAGAGCAGGUGAGACCUGAACUGUCGGAGCGUUUUUUAAAAAAUUAUCAUUGGGAUUUAGAUCUAUUUUAAAUACUUUCGGAUUUUUUACUUUUGUUUUUCCCGGACCGAUUCAGCGACCCAGGCAUGACGCAACAAAAUACCGAGCAUACAUGCUUUCCAGGGUUAGUUACUUUCUAAAACUUUGCUAGGAUGCUCCCUAGGGUUGGGGGCACUUUUUAAAAAAAGAAAGAGAUUUCCUCAUUUUUUCCUUUUCUUUCAAAUCCGCAUCAUUGCAGCGUCGGGACUUUUUUUUUCAUUUAUUUCGGAAGCCUCAAAGCUUCAAGCUGGGACCUUACCUUUUAACUUUUGACAGUAAAUACCUGGGCAUAGGACCUCCCAGCUCUCCAAGCUGGACUUUUCUGCAUAUCCUUUGAUUCUUUAUGAAUUAAAAAGAUGAUGAGGAACACCGAGGAAUGCCAAGGCGAGGAGGCUUCUUUCCACAGCAACACUUCCAGCCACUCGGCAUCAGAGGAGGCUUCAGGAUCGGAUUCCGCAAGCCCAUCUGAUAGCGAGCAAGCCAGCGAACAUGGCAGCGAGUCUAACAGCAGCUUGGAAAGCUCAGAAAGCCAGUCAGAAUCCGAAAGCGAGUCAACAGGGUCGAAAUCCCAGCAGACGCCUCCGGAAACCAAAGAGAAGCCGGCCUCCAAGAAAGAAAGGAUAGCCGAUGUCAAGAAAAUGUGGGAAGAAUAUCCAGAUGUUUAUGGGGUGAGGAGGUCAAACCGAAGCAGGCAGGAGCCCUCCCGUUUUAAUAUAAAUGAAGAGAUGGAGCAAUUGGGGCCCAGGAAAGUUCAGAAUCAGACUGAAAAUGUCAAAGUUGGAAGUCCAAAGGGAAAUAGUGAGUCCGAGAGUGAAAGCCCCAAAAGAAGAGGCCAGAAGCCAAUGAGGAAAAGAGAUAAAUGGAAGAGGGAUGGGGCUGAGGAUGAUGAUGAUGAAGACGAAGAGGACCAGGAACAAGGGACCAGUGCUGACAGUGAACCUGAGCAGAAGAAAGUCAAAGCCAGGUGUCCGGUCCUAAGGAGAACAGUGGGCAAAACGAUUGCAAAGAAAGCCCUUAGGCCCCAACGUGGGAAGCGGCGAAGGAAAACAGAGUCCUCCGAGGAUGAAGAUGAUGACGAGGAUGAUGAAGCGCCCAAAAGGCAGACCCGGCGGCGAGCGGCUAAAAACGUCAGUUAUAAAGAGGAUGACGACUUUGAGACCGAUUCCGACGACCUGAUUGAGAUGACUGGAGAAGGAGCUGAAGAGCAGCAGGAUAACAGCGAAACAAUUGAGAAAGUGCUCGAUGGGAGGAUUGGCAAAAAAGGAGCCGUCGGGGCCUCCACAACAGUCUACGCCACAGAAGCGAAUGGCGACCCUUGUGCCGACUUUGACCCCGAGACGGAGGAAGGAGAGGCCCAGUACCUGAUCAAGUGGAAAGGCUGGUCAUACAUCCACAGCACAUGGGAGAGCGAGGACUCCCUCCAGCAGCAGAAAGUGAAAGGCCUGAAGAAGCUGGAGAACUUCAAGAAGAAAGAGGAAGAAAUCAAGCAAUGGCUUGGAAAGGUGAGCCCAGAAGACGUGGAGUACUAUAACUGCAAGCAAGAGUUGGCUGCUGAGUUGAACAAGCAAUACCAGAUUGUGGAAAGAGUGAUCGCUGUGAAGACAAAUAAGUCGGCAACACCUGGCUCUGAAUUUCCAGUUCACAACCGCAAGGUGUCCUCUUCCUCCAACGAACCCGAAUACCUCUGCAAGUGGAUGGGGCUCUCGUACGCCGAUUGCAGCUGGGAGGACGAAGCCUUGAUUUGCAAGAAGUUCCAGCAUUGCAUCGACAGCUUCAGCAGUCGGAACAACUCCAAAACCAUGCCCACUCGGGACUGCAAGGUGUUGAAGCAGAGGCCUCGGUUUGUGGCGUUGAAGAAACAACCCUCUUAUAUUGGCGGGGAGAACCUGGAACUCCGGGAUUAUCAGCUAGAAGGCCUCAACUGGUUGGCCCAUUCAUGGUGCAAGAACAACAGCGUCAUCUUAGCUGACGAGAUGGGCCUGGGGAAGACCAUCCAGACGAUCUCCUUCCUCUCUUACCUCUUCCAUCAGCACCAGCUGUAUGGCCCCUUCCUGAUCGUGGUCCCCUUGUCGACGCUGACCUCAUGGCAGAGGGAGUUUGAGAGCUGGGCCCCGGAGAUCAACGUGGUUGUAUACAUCGGGGAUCAGAUGAGCAGGAACGCUAUCCGUGAAUACGAGUGGGUCCAUGCUCAGAGCAAACGGCUGAAAUUCAACGUACUUAUCACAACGUAUGAGAUUCUUUUGAAGGACAAGACUGUUUUGGGGAGCAUUAACUGGGCCUUCCUGGGUGUGGACGAAGCCCACCGCUUGAAGAAUGACGACUCCUUGCUGUACAAGACGUUGAUUGACUUCAAGUCCAACCACCGGCUGCUCAUUACGGGGACUCCUCUCCAGAACUCCCUGAAAGAGCUCUGGUCCCUCCUACAUUUCAUCAUGCCAGAGAAGUUUGAAUUCUGGGAAGAUUUUGAAGAUGAACAUGGGAAGGGGCGAGAUAAUGGGUACCAGAGUCUCCACAAAGUCCUGGAGCCCUUCCUCCUGCGCAGGGUGAAGAAGGAUGUGGAGAAGUCUCUCCCCGCCAAAGUGGAGCAGAUCCUCCGGGUCGAGAUGUCUGCCCUUCAGAAGCAGUAUUACAAGUGGAUCUUAACAAGGAACUACAAAGCCCUCUCCAAGGGGACCCGUGGCAGCACCUCUGGCUUCUUGAACAUAGUGAUGGAGCUGAAGAAGUGUUGCAACCACUGCUAUCUGAUCAAGUCCCCCGAGGAGAAUGAGAGGGAGAACAACCAGGAGAUGCUCUUGUCUCUGAUCAGGAGCAGUGGGAAACUCAUCCUCCUGGACAAAUUGCUGAGCCGGCUGCGGGAAAGGGGCAACCGCGUUCUCAUCUUCUCCCAAAUGGUGCGGAUGCUGGACAUCUUGGCAGAGUACUUAACUAUCAAGCACUACCCAUUCCAGCGGCUGGACGGCUCGAUCAAAGGCGAGAUCCGGAAGCAGGCUCUGGAUCACUUUAACGCCGAGGGCUCAGAGGACUUUUGUUUCUUGCUGUCCACACGAGCCGGAGGACUGGGCAUUAACUUGGCAUCAGCAGACACUGUAGUGAUCUUUGAUUCAGACUGGAACCCACAGAAUGACUUGCAGGCCCAGGCCCGGGCUCACCGGAUUGGGCAGAAGAAGCAGGUGAACAUCUACCGUUUGGUUACAAAGGGAACAGUGGAAGAGGAGAUCAUUGAAAGAGCCAAGAAGAAAAUGGUGCUGGACCAUCUGGUGAUACAGCGCAUGGACACCACCGGCCGGACCGUUCUGGACAACAACUCUGGCAGAACCAACUCAAACCCUUUUAACAAGGAAGAACUAACUGCCAUCUUGAAGUUUGGGGCGGAAGACCUCUUCAAGGAAGCAGAAGGUGAAGAAUCGGAGCCCCAGGAAAUGGACAUUGAGGAAAUCCUUCGCUUGGCGGAAACGCGAGAGAACGAAGCCUCCACCAGCGCAACGGAUGAACUUCUCUCCCAAUUUAAGGUUGCAAAUUUUGCCACAAUGGGCGAGGAAGAAGCCGAGCUGGAGGAGACGUCUCAGAAAGACUGGGACGAUAUCAUCCCUGAGGAGCAGCGGAAGAAAGCGGAAGAGGAGGAGCGGCAGAAGGAGCUGGAGGAGAUAUACAUGCUUCCCAGAAUCCGCAGCUCCACCAAAAAGGCUCAAGCCAACGACAGCGAUUCGGACAAUGAGAUGAAGAGGAAGCUGGAGCAGAGGUCUUCUGGCUCUGAGAGCGAGACUGAGGAUUCAGAUGACGACAAGAGGCCCAAGCGCCGAGGGCGGCCCCGCAGCGUCCGGAAGGAUACGGUGGAAGGAUUUACCGACACUGAAAUCAGGAGGUUUAUAAAAGCUUAUAAGAAGUUUGGAGUCCCUCUGGAGCGGCUGGAGUAUGUUGCCCGAGAUGCGGAGCUGGUGGACAAGUCGGUGGCUGAUCUGAAGCGUUUGGGGGAGCUUCUCCAUAAUAGCUGUGCCCUGGCCAUGCAGGAGUACGAAGAGCAGCUAAAAGAUAAUCCAACAGAAGGCAAAGGACCAGGGAAGAGGAGGGGUCCCACCAUCAAGAUUUCUGGAGUUCAGGUGAACGUCAAAGCCAUCGUCCAGCACGAAGAGGACUUUGCGAUGCUGCACCAGACCAUUCCCACCGACCCAGAGGAGAGGGCCAGGUUUCUCCUGACCUGCCGAGCCAAAGCUGCCCAUUUCGAUGUCGAAUGGGGCUUGGAAGAUGACUCACAUUUGCUGCUGGGAGUUUACGAGCAUGGUUAUGGGAACUGGGAGCUCAUCAAAUCAGACCCAGAGCUGAAACUCACCGACAAGAUCUUGCCGGUUGAGACGGACAAAAAGCCACAGGGCAAGCAGCUCCAAGCCCGGACUGACUAUCUGCUGAAACUGCUCAAGAAAGGCAUGGAGAAAAAGGAGACUGCGAAAGAGACCGAGGAGGUCAAGGUGAGAAAGCGGAAACCCCGUGCAAAGAAGGACAGCAAGUUUCCCAAAGGUCGGGAUGAGCACAGGGCCGAAGCCUCUCCUGGGCAUUCGGACAACCAAUCGGAAGAAGGCGAGGUCAAGGAGGAUGGACGGGAUAAGAGUCCUGCCAAGAAAAAGCAGAAGAAAGAGAAUAAGGAGAGCAAAGACAAAGUGGCAGCCCUCAAGAAAGAAAAGGAGGGCGAGAAGGAGAGAAAAAAAGCCACGGACAAAAAAGAGAAGCCAAAAGGUGGUGAGUCCAAAUCAGGAAAGAAAGGCAAGCGGUCUCAGGGCCCUGUCCACAUAACAGCUGGGAGUGAGCCUGUCCCGAUAGGCGAAGACGAAGAGGAUGACUUGGACCAGGAGACCUUUAGCAUAUGCAAAGAGAGGAUGCGGCCCGUCAAGAAAGCUCUGAAGCAGCUGGACAAACCAGACAGAGGGCUCUCGGUGCAGGAACAGCUGGAGCACACCCGCAGCUGCCUGCUGAAGAUCGGCGACCGCAUCUCCGAGUGCUUGAAAGAGUACUCCGACCAGGAGCACAUCAAGCUCUGGAGAAGGAACCUGUGGAUCUUUGUGUCCAAGUUUACGGAAUUUGAUGCGAGGAAGCUGCACAAGCUGUACAAGAUGGCGCACAAGAAGCGGUCCCAGGAAGAGGAGCUGGAACAGCAGAAGAAAGAAGAGGCCACCGGAGGCAAGAAGAUGUUUCGCCCGGAGCCCUCUGGGUCCAGUUGGGAUUCCGUGAUGUCUCCCUUGCCCCACACCACUCCUCCUCCUCCUCCUCCAAAGGUCCACCAUCCGCUGCCCCAUCCUUCCCAGAUGCAUGGGCACCAGCGCGACAACUACAACCAUCCGAAUAAAAGGCAAUUCAGUAAUUCAGACCGAAGCGACUGGCAGCGGGACCGCAAGUUCAGCUACGGCGGCAACGCCAACCAAGGAUGGGUUGGAGAACGGCACCACCCAUACGACCAACACUGGUACAAGGAGCACCACUAUGGAGACCGCCGCCCACGCGGGGAACCUCACCGCAGCUCAGGGAGCUACCGGCCAAACAACCCCUCUCGCAAGCGGCCCUAUGAGCAGUACAACAGUGACCGGGACCACCGAGGCCACCGCGACUACUAUGACCGGCACCACCAUGAUUCCAAGCGGCGAAGAACCGAAGAGUUCCGUUCUCAGAAUUAUCACCAGCAAGAGUUCAGGCGGAUGUCUGACCACCGACCUCCCAUUGGCUACCAUGGCCAGGGGCCUUCAGACCACUACCGCUCUUUCCACCCGGAGAAGUCCAGUGAUUAUAAGAUGUUCUCUGCUCCUCGCCCCCAGCUCUCCGAUCCUCGCUCCCCGCCUUCACAGAAAUCCCCACAUGAUGCCAAGUCUCCCAUCGAGCACCGGUCCCCCCUGGAUAGGUCUGUAGAUCAGAAGAGCAAUGCUGAAUAUAACUGGAGCAGCCGGAAGACAUAAGAACCCGGAGAUGAGAUGUUACCAGAGGGAGAACCACCUCUGAGCUCACUUGUUCUGUGGCAAGCAGCAGUGCCCACUGGUUCAUCAUGCCCAGGACCAGAGACUAUGAAUGUGCUGUUCUUGACUCUGUGUUCCUGAAGAGGAGCAACACUGGAGCUGGACGUGGUUGGGGCAUCUGGAUUUCAUCCCACACUGGCCAAAUGUUGGGCAUUGGCUUCUUGGCCUGCCCCUGGGGCCCACUGAGAAGGAAAGGCCCCCCAGUGCCGGUUUUUGUUUUUGAAUGUUGAGAAGGCUGACUUGGACUCCCGUGAACAUUUCAUCUGACUUGGACGGGUGACUUCCGAGGACACAGAUGGAGCGGAAAACAGAAAGUUGAGAGAGUCUGUCAAGAUUGAAAGUGCAACUGGAGACAGAAAGGGCAUCAAGAGGCUCCCUGAAAGAGAUUUGAAGCAAAAGAAGUGGAAGGAAAGGCAGAGCAGGAAGGAGACGCAGCUGCCUUGAAAGACCUCACUGUCAGCUUCAGAGACUUUUUGUUGCUAGGACUUCUCUUUUGGUUUGUGAUGCCUCCCAAAAGGAAAAAAAAGAGACAUGUGGACACUCCCUGACUACACUCCCCAAACCCAUUCCUUCCUGCAUUUUUCUCUCAUCUCCUUCAUUACAAUUUCUCAGAGGAACCAAGUACAGGAAUAAGUGUCAUGGAGAUUGACAGACCUUAUGAAUUUUGGGGAUCUGCCUGGACAUGCCAAAAAGGACACCCCCACGCCUUCUUCACCUCUUUAUUCUUCCAUAUAAUACAUGAAGGACUGGGCACCAGUGAUGUACCUCAAUGGGACAUCAUCGACAUUUCCUGCCAGUGGUUCUUGUGCCCUUGCGUUUCUUCCUCCAGACUCUUGAAAAGAGCAUUGCGUUUGGUACAGACAUUUUUUAAAAAAAAUUUGCACAGGGAAAUUCCUGUCGAGGAUCGCACUGACUUUUUUGCACAGGGAAAUAAAUGCUCUUCAAGGAAUGGAAUGAAGUUUGGAGCCUGGAAGACUCCCGACGCCUUGUGUUUGUGCAAAUCACAGGACUCCCGCCCUUGCGCUUUGUGUUGGGAUACGGAAAGCACUUCUUUGCCUCUCAAAGGGACAAUGUGAGCAGCAGAUGGACAUGCCAUUUUGCAUGGUGACACACCAAAGCCAAAGUUGUGAAUUUGGUGAAUCCUUGGAGCAAUAGCUACUCCAUUAACUUUUUCAAAAGUAGCAACUCCAAAGGAUCACCUCUGCCCAUUACUGGGGAGUCCGGAAUCUCCUCUUUGGAACUUAAGUCCCUGGUUUUGAUAAACAUCCAAAGAGGAAACUCACUAAGCUGUUCCAAAGUGUUCUGUCAACGACCGGCUAUGGAUUAAGGCCGAUAGGUUGGCUUGGGAGGAGAAGCUCUAAAUUUGUUGAGAUUUUCCUGUGAAAUGAGAUACAAUCCCUGCUCCAAAUCCAACACAUACUUAUGCACUGUAUGCCCAGUGGGCAGAAGCUUGGACCAUUUGAUAAGGCCGCUUCCAAAAGGCUUAAGUGUUGGAUUGACCUGCAGAGAAGAAGGCGUGCAAACUUUUGAGUGUUUUGCCCUUGGCAUUUGGAAAGGGUUUCAGGGUUGACGCAUAGGCUUGCACAUUCCAGGAACCAUAUUUCACCACAUUUCACUGAACUAUGUUGGUAGAAAACACACUCUCAAGGUCCUUUCAUUUUCACAUAGGGCGGUUGUUGUUGGGUGUUUUUCUUUUGUCAAUUUCUUACACAUUGUCCUGAACGUAAUACUGUGAAGGCAGGGACAGAGAGAGAGAGAGACUCUGCACUUUGUAAGGAAUGAGUUCAUUGGCACAUUUCUCCUGCCAUUCUGAGUCACGAAAUGUCACUACGAUGGUGAAUUUUGUAUUCCCGUGCCAUAAUGUUGCCGUUCGCAAGAGGAUAGACACAAAAAAGGGGUUUUUUUUGUUUUUUAAAAAAAUUACAUUUAAAACAGUCCUUAAAAAAGUAUUACGGGGAAGGAACUUUGCCCCAAAUGGAAGAAGGAGGUUUCCGAGUUGUGUUCAAAACAAGAGAGAGGGGUGUUUUGGAGAAAAACUCUUUGGGAAGGAUGAAUUUAACCUGUGGCUUUUCUCCUCCCAAAAUAUGGCAUGUUACCCAAAGGGUAGGGGAGUAUUUAUUAGGUUUUGUACUUUUAUACAGAGAGGGAAAGACAAGUGAGGGAAAAAGGUCAAUCUAUAUGUUUCUGUACCAUUAUUUUCAGACCAACCUUGGGAGAGAAAAUAAAUAGCAAUAGGAAGUCCAUAUCACUAGAGGAGAAGGAGGAGGCAAGAAGGUAGAAGGAAGCCCUGACUUGUUUCCAAAGUAACUUCUUUUGGCUUUCCUUCUCUUUCCGAUUACUUAAAUGUCUCGGGGUAAGCUGACCCUUCCGUUUCUGCUUUUUUGCCAAGAGCAGACUAAACACACACUGUUUGCAAUGAGCCAAAAGUCGGGGACAGCUGACCAGUUGAGAUGGAGUCUCCAUAGAUUUGGGAGUAAAAAACAAUGUGCGGCCCCCCAGUUUUCCUCCGCAAAGCAGUCCUGUCCUCUACCAUUUAUUCCCCCACCUAAUGUCUGGAGCUUGGGAGAACAUUUGCUCAUGAAAACCACAGACUUAUUGGGGGGAAACAAACAAACAAACAAGCCAGUCCCAUCGCCGAAACAAACAAAACAAAAACAGUCAUUCAUAUUAAUUUAUAUUUGUGUCAAAGCUUUGCUAGUGUCCGAGUGAUUUCUGAUGUAAAUAAGUUCUUUAUAGCGUAUGUAUUAAAAGGUUUUUUCUUACAGGUUUACUUUGGAUUCUUCUAUAUUAAAAUGUGAGUUGGAUGUUUUCUCAAA